GACGAAACACCGGUAUACUCUGAAGCUAUGCAUCGCGCCAUCAUCACUAUUCGCUGUGCUGCAUCAAAGUGCUCUUUCCAGUCGUUGAAGAACCCCUUGUACCUCCAUGAAGUCUGUCUUCUUCGUCCCAGUACUCUUCUGCCAUCUCCUCAGACUGGGCAACGUGACUUGGUUCGGCUGCAUGAGGGGUUCAAACCUCGUGCUACAAAAUACUUU